AUGUGUUUGAUCAAAUGGGGGAUAGAGUCCAAUGUGUUUACAGUUACUGUAGCUACAGCAAAUGAUGUAGCUGUUAAUUAUCUACAAAGUAAGUUUGCAAAUUGGGACAAAUGUGUUUUGGAAGGAAAAUGGUUACACGUGCGGUGCAUUGCUCAUAACAUGAAUUUAAUUGUGCAAGAAGGCUUAAGUCAUAUAGGGGGGUCAGUUGAUUCUAUCAGGGCUGUUGUUAAGUAUAUCCGUCAAUCUCCUCAAAGGUUGAAGAAGUUUAGAGAAUAUGCUCAACUUGAAAAGUGUACAAGCACCCAGAGUCUGAUUCUAGAUGUCCCUACUCGUUGGAAUUCUACAUACAUGAUGUUGGAAACGGCACAAAGUUAUGAGAAGGCAUUUGCUAGAUAUGAUAGCGAGGAGCGACAUUAUAGAGAUGAUCUUGAAAAAACUGGAGUGCCUACAGCAGCUGAUUGGGCAAAUGUGAGGAGAUUGGCUAAGUUUUUGGAGCACUUUUAUGAGCUGACUUUGAAAGUAUCUGGUACCAUUUAUGUGACAACAAACACAUUUUUGGAUGACAUCACUUCUAUUUAUGCACUUCUGAAAAAUGUUGUUAGUGGUGGUGUUCGUGAUUUAAGUCUUUUAGAUAUGGCAAAGCUGAUGAAAAGUAAGUAUGACAAGUAUUAUGGAAGUCUUGAAAAGUGUAAUAUGCUUACACUUGUUGCUUCAAUGCUUGAUCCAACCCGUAAGGAUGACUAUGUUGAAGUCUUACUUGUUGAUGUGUAUGGAGAGAUUGAAGGGUCCUCUAUGUGUAACAUGAUAAAAGAAUUUCUUUAUCAAUUGUAUGAUGAUUAUGUAAGAAUUCAUUCAACGUCGGACCCAUCUAUGGAGGCUUCUCAUCCUUCCUCACUGUUUAAUCAACGCUCCACGUCUACUGUAAUAGAGCCAUCGAUCAUGCUAAAACAAAAGGUGAGAAUGGAGAUGAAAAGAAGGAAGUCUGAAAGUGGAGCGAGACAUUCAAAAUCUGGGCUAGAUAGGUAUUUAAAGGAGGAGACUGAAGAUGAAGAUGAAGGUGACAGGUUUGACAUACUGAACUGGUGGAAGGUUAACAGUCCGAGGUUUCCUAUCUUGUCUUUGGUAGCUAGGGAUGUUCUUGCAAUUCCAAUAUCGACCGUGGCUUCAGAAUCCGUCUUUAGCACAAGUGGAAGGGUGUUAGAUGCAUUUAGGAGUUCUCUUACUCCUACUAUCGUUGAAAGUUUGAUUUGCACUCAAAAUUGGCUUCGUGCACGUCCAGUGGAUGUUGCAGAAAAAUAA